CGGCAGCGGCGGCCCCAUGGCGGGGCCGAGCCGGGCCCUGCCUCACCGCCCUCCCGGGGCCGCCGCCGGAAGCGCGCCGCCCUCCGCUUCCGCUUCCGCUGCCGCUCGCAGCGCUCGCGCCGCUGCCCGGAAGUGCCGCGCUCCGCUUCCGGCCCCGAGCCGCCGUCCCAAGAUGGCGCCGCUGGACCUGGACAAGUACGUGGAGAUCGCGCGGCUCUGCAAGUACCUGCCCGAGAACGACCUCAAGCGGCUGUGUGACUACGUGUGCGACCUGCUGCUGGAGGAGUCCAACGUGCAGCCCGUCUGCACGCCCGUCACCGUCUGCGGCGACAUCCACGGGCAGUUCUACGACCUGUGCGAGCUGUUCCGGACCGGCGGGCAGGUCCCGGACACCAACUACAUCUUCAUGGGUGACUUUGUAGAUAGAGGUUAUUAUAGUCUUGAGACUUUCACUUACCUCCUUGCGCUAAAAGCUAAGUGGCCUGAUCGUAUCACACUGUUACGGGGCAAUCAUGAGAGCAGGCAGAUAACGCAAGUGUAUGGAUUUUACGAUGAGUGCCAAACCAAAUACGGAAAUGCUAACGCUUGGAGGUACUGCACCAAAGUCUUUGACAUGCUCACAAUAGCAGCUUUAAUAGACGAGCAGAUCCUCUGCGUGCACGGCGGUCUGUCUCCAGACAUCAAGACGCUCGAUCAGAUUCGAACCAUUGAACGCAAUCAAGAAAUUCCUCACAAAGGCGCCUUCUGCGACCUGGUGUGGUCGGACCCAGAGGACGUGGACACGUGGGCCAUCAGCCCGCGGGGAGCGGGCUGGCUGUUCGGAGCCAAGGUGACCAACGAGUUCGUUCACAUCAACAACUUGAAGCUCAUCUGCAGAGCGCACCAGCUGGUUCACGAGGGCUACAAGUUCAUGUUCGACGAGAAGCUGGUAACGGUGUGGUCCGCUCCCAACUACUGCUACCGCUGUGGGAACAUCGCCUCCAUCAUGGUCUUUAAGGACGUAAACACGAGAGAACCAAAGCUGUUCCGCGCCGUGCCAGACUCGGAGCGCGUCAUCCCGCCCCGGACGACCACGCCGUACUUCCUCUGAGCGCCCCGCGCCCCGCACUUCCCGCCCAGCGCAAUACAUUUUUAUUGAGCACUUUGCUGCUGA